UCUGUAUAGAUGUAGAUGUCGUCUGAAGAUGGAACUAGAGUACAUCAUUAGACUGUUGGGAAUGUUAGGGGUAGUCGAAAAUUCUCGAAGUUAUGUAACUCUUGUAUAUCCGUCAAAUAAUUAAUUUGUGGUUUGUACUAUACUUUAUGAUUAUGCCGAAAAUAUACGUUUUUAAACGUUUUGAUACUCUAUAUUGUUCCUCCAUGAAUCCUGUAUCUACACAGAAUAUUAAGUUGUUCGUUUAUAAUUCGGAUGAAUAAUUUUACCCCGGUCCCUUACGUUUCAGCCAACGUUCACAGCGCAGGAGUCUCAGUUCCUGUAUUGCUGCACGCUUAUACUUCUCCAGUGAGCCUCCAGCACGCAGGAUGGACUCCGUGGAUGAAGAUGUGGAGGAAAAGGUGGAGAAGAUGCUGAACGGAGAAGGGCUGGAGGUUCUCGACAUUGACGCUGUGCCUGAUCACGUGCAGGCUGUAACCCUGAAAAAAAACGUCUGCUACAUAGUGAGCGCUGUCAUCUUCAACUCUGAGGGCGAGGUGCUGAUGGUGCAGGAAGCGAAGAGGGAGUGUUACGGUCUCUGGUACCUCCCCGCGGGCCGCAUGGAGGCGGGUGAGAGCAUCCACGAAGCUCUGCGCAGGGAGGUGAAAGAAGAGACGGGGUUUGAGUGUGAGCCAGUCACCAUGCUGCUGGUGCAGGAACAAGGGCGGCAGUGGAUCCGCUUCGCCUUCCUCGCCAAGGUCACAGGGGGCCGCCUGAAGACGCCGUCCGAGGCCGACUUGGAGUCGCUGCAGGCUCGGUGGUGGGACCGCGAGGCUCCUCUUCCUCUGCGCAGCCGGGACAUUCUGUGCCUUAUCGACACUGGGCUGAGAUAUCGUCAGAAGCCUUGGUUCCCCGUUUCUCACCCUGUGAACUUGCCUUGCUCUGUAGUGUGUCAGAGGCAGCUCCUGAUCUUCGGCUGCGAGGAGCGAAUAUGGCUGCUCCUCGCUAAGCACACGACCGAUCCGGAGACGCGAACUCGUUUUCCAGUGACCGUCUCACAGAAAGGGUAUUUGGUUAAAUGGGCGGGGCAGAGACUCGUCCGAGAGUGCAUGCGCUCGAGGGAUCACGAGCUGCACGUGAAUGUGCACGGGAUUCUGGGAGUGCAGCACGACGGCAGAGUCCUGGGCCGGUCGGAUGGGAUCUGUUUCAAUACGCUCGCCACUCUGGAGUGUUCAGGCGAGGGGGCGGAGCUCAGCAGCCCGCCGCUUUUGGACAGCAAGGGAUACACGUGGCACGAAGUGACCGACCAGAGCCUGAAAGGGAAGAUACUGAGGAGGAUAAAAGACAGAUCGUUCCUGCCCAUGCACAGUCUCUAACGAUCGACUAAUUCAUUAACAACAACAGAUAUAAUCCGAUGACCGGUUCACGCUGCUUUCCGACACGCGCUACAGUCAUCUGCGUGCUUCAGCUGUCGCGGUGCGACGGCGUGUGAAACGUGCGAUUACAUUCACGCGUAUAUGCUUUUAACACUCCAACCUGAACAGAACUGCAAAACCUGUUUACUCAUAAACAUUCGAGCUAGACCGCUAGCAUUCUCUAGAUCUGCGGUAUUCAGCAAAAAAAAAUCUGUGAACGGAUAAGAAGUCAACAACGGUUAACGUUUAAUGCUUAGCCAUUAGUGAUUAUUUUAAGGCUACGAGUAAGACAAAACAGUUCGACAUGGUUGUAUUUGCUGUCCGUUGUCAAAAGCAGCUACUAACCGCUUAUUAACUUUUAAAGACAGUGUUCUGUGUCUGUAGUUGUGUCACAGUGUUGAAAGGUUUGCACAGAAGUGUGGAGAGCCAAUCAGAGUGCAGCGUUUAAGAUCCUGAAGGUCGCAGCCAGAAAAGUGUACGAAAUGCAUCGCAGUCUGUGUCCUGUGGGCGGAGCAUCCGAGUACACUACCGGUCAAAAGUUUAGACACAGUCUUUAUUCUUAUCCCCCCCCCCCACACACACACACACACAUUUUAGAAUAAUAAUAAAGUCAUCAAAACUCUGGAGUAACACAAAUGGAAGUAUGGGAAUUAUGUUGUGAUAAAUAAAAUCUAAAAAAUAUUUUAGCAUCUUCAAAGUAGACAAGCUUUUUGCCGAGAAUUUCCAGAAAUGUAGUCUCGGCUGAUCCGGAUUAAGAAUGCCGGGGUUUUCCUUUGAGCGCUGUGACGCGUGGUGAGGAAAAUGUAUGGCGUAUCAGGCAUGAUAUACACGUUUCUGUCUUGUAAUAAAUCAUUUUACUGAUACA